CCCCUCGGAGAGGCGCGCCCGACAGCAGAGCCCUAGCCGCCCAGCUCGCCCGCCAACCACAAUGCUCGGGAGCAAGCGCCUGGGACUGUCGGGACUGACCCUCGCCCUGUCCCUGCUUGUGUGCCUGGGUGCGCUGGCCGAGGCGUACCCCUCCAAGCCGGACAACCCGGGCGAGGACGCGCCGGCAGAGGACAUGGCCAGAUACUACUCGGCGCUGCGACACUACAUCAACCUCAUCACCAGGCAGAGAUAUGGGAAGCGAUCCAGCCCCGAGACACUGAUUUCAGACCUCCUGAUGAGAGAAAACACAGAAAAUGUUCCCAGAACCAGGCUUGAAGACCCUUCCAUGUGGUGAUGGGAAACGAAAUGUACUCUCCAGCGCUCUCCUAUUUUCAGCCCACGUUUCGUCCCGUAAAACAAGAGUCUGCCCAUCCGACCAGUGCAUGCCGCCGUCCUGCAGUCUUCUCCAUUGUUCUCACUGUAUAUAUGUGCGUUUCAAUAAA